AUGAGAUCCCGCCUCCGUCAGCUUUGGGAGUCUCUACAAGUGGAGCUGCACGGGAAGUAUUCGACAAACCGCGUGCUACAACUGUUCAAGUACACUAACAACACCAGUUGGCUGCAUGUCAUCACCGUGUUGAUAGUAACCCCUCUUCCUUGCUUGCUCGUGACUGUGUUGGUUGAUAUCCUACCACUUGCGGACCCCGCCGAAGGAGCAUCAGCCAACAAACUCUUCUUCUUGCGAGAUUUUGUGAUCUCCUCGGUGCUGACUUUCAUUUGCAUUCACCAGUUUCGAAUUAGCAUUCCGGUUCUCCCGUAUCCGAUUUGGCGAGCAUUCGUGAAUUCUAUCUGGAUAUCAGUAAUUUGUGUUGCUACUCUUUACGCAUUAGUCAUUACAAUAGGAUUCCCAAUGCCGUUCUCUAUGGUAGUGGUAACACCCGUAUGGAUCACUCUCAUCUCAAUAUCAAUGGCGAUUGAAUGGAUGGACAAGAUUCGUAAGACUCCAGGAGCCGAGAUUAUGAUGAACAAUGUUAUCAAGGUAUGGAUAUGUCAAGUAACACUAGAGUUCAUCUACCCACCGUACUACUACGUCUUCACGAUACUGCCCGAUAGGGGUCAGAUGGUGUUUGCAUUGAUACUCCCAGUGAUCAAGCUGGCCAUGAGGAAUUUUUUCGCUCGGACAGUGGUUCAUCUUACCGACGAAAUGCCUGAAGUCAUCGUCUUCAACGUCGAAGUGUUCAACGCGCUGUUUGUAUCCUACUGCAUGCAGAACUCACCAUCGACCUGGACAACAUUGGAGCUAAUGUUCGGUGACAUCGCAAUGAUAUUGAUCUCGGUGCAAGAUAUGGAAUCAAUUCGCCGUGACCUGAAAGAGUUGGAACUGCGAAUCGGUCAAGAAAAUAGUUCAAGUAGCUGUUGUGCUUUGGAUCUCAACGCAGGAAAUCGAAGACCUACCACACUGGAUAGGACGCAG